GCACAAACACCUUGUGCCCUCUACCGCCGCGUUGUGGAUCGAGCGGCGGUGUCAAGACGCAGCGGGACAAGCCAGCGUCACUUCGGCCUCUUCGCUCUCCCGGACACUGCACCUGGGCUAAGUCGGCAACAUGAGCAGCAACAACUUGGAUGAGAACGACGAGUUUGAUGAGCAGUUGCGAAUGCAAGGAGUGUACAGAGGCACUGAGGACGGCGACACCGAGAAAGAUCCCGGUGGAGAAAACGAUUCUUUCCAGCAGCAGCCGACUGACACCCCAUACGAGUGGGACCUGGACAAGAAGGCUUGGUUCCCCAAGAUCACUGAAGAUUUUAUUGCUACAUAUCAGGCCAAUUAUGGCUUUUCUAACGAUGGUGCAUCUAGUUCUACUGCAAAUGUCCAAGAUGUCAGUGCUAGGACUGCAGAGGAACCUCCACAAAGAAAAUACCCCGAACCCGGUGAUACCAAAAAGAGGGGAGAAAAGAGAAAGGCUGAAUCAGGAUGGUUUCAUGUUGAAGAAGGCAGAAACACAAAUGUGUAUGUUUCUGGUUUGCCUCCAGAUAUUACAGUGGAUGAAUUUAUACAGCUCAUGUCCAAGUUUGGCAUUAUUAUGAAAGAUCCUCAAACAGAAGAAUUUAAGGUCAAGCUUUACAAAGAUAAUCAAGGAAAUCUUAAAGGAGAUGGACUUUGCUGUUAUUUGAAGAGAGAAUCUGUGGAUCUUGCAUUAAAACUUUUGGAUGACGAUGAAAUUAGAGGCUACAAAUUACAUGUGGAGGUGGCAAAGUUUCAACUGAAAGGGGAAUAUGACGCUUCAAAGAAGAGGAGGAAGUGCAAAGACUACAAGAAAAAGCUGUCUAUGCAACAAAAGCAGUUGGAUUGGAGACCUGAGAGAAGAGCUGGCUCGUCCCGAAUGCGCCACAAGCGAGUUGUCAUCAUCAGAAAUAUGUUUCAUCCUAUAGAUUUUGAGCAUGAGCCACUGGUGCUGAACGAGAUCAGAGAAGACCUUCGGGUGGAAUGUUCCAAGUUUGGACAAGUUAGGAGUCUCCUCCUCUUUGAUAGACACCCUAAUGGUGUGGCCUCUGUGUCCUUUAGGGAUCCGGAGGAAGCUGAUUAUUGUAUUCAGACCCUCAAUGGAAGGUGGUUUGGUGGCCGUCAAAUCACUGCCCAGGCGUGGGAUGGGACUACAGAUUAUCAGGUGGAGGAGACCACGAGAGAAAGGGAGGAAAGGCUGAAAGGAUGGGAGGUUUUCCUCAACACUCCCAAAGCCAACAGAGGCCUUCAGUGUUCAGAUUCUGUCUGGGCUCCAGAAAGGGUGGGGCCUUCUAGAGUUAGGCAUUUUUCAGAGCACCCUUGCACAUCUCAGACGAAUGUUCAAGAAGCCGCAACUGAAAUGGCAUUUGAAGAACCUAUAGAUGAAAAGAACUUUGAAAAAACAGAAGAUGGGGGAGAAGUUGAAGAAGCUGCUUCUGAAAAAGAUGCUAAAGAAGGUGGCCCUGAAAAAGAGGCUGAAGAAGGCUGUCCCCAAAAAGAAUCUGAAGAGAGCUGCCUCAAAAGAGAGUUUGGGGAAGGCUGUCCCAAAAGAGUGCAUGAAGAAGACUUCCCCGACAGAGAGUCUGGAGAACGCAGCCCCGAGAAAGAGCAUGAAGAGGGUAGUCCUAAAAAAGAGUCGGAAGAGAAUGGUGCAGAAAGAGAGCCCAAAAAGAAGAUAUGCAAAACAGAUCCUGAUGAGAACGGCCUUGAGCAGGAGCCUGAGGAGGAGGCCAGCCCCCAGAAGGCGGCUGAAGAUGGCAGCUCAGAACAAGGGUCUGAAGAGUGCUCGGAAAUGCAGUUUGAAGACGACUCCGAAAAAGAGUUAGAAGAAAACGGCCUUGAGAAAGGUUUUGAGGAAGAGGGCUCUGAGAACGAACUUAAUGAAAACAUUCUUGAAAAAGAGGUAGAAGAAAAUAACUCUGAAAAAUCAGAAUUCGAAGAUGAAAGCUCUGAGAAAAUGUUUUAUGAAGAAGGCUCUGAGAAGGAGUUUGACAAAGAGUCAGAUGAGAAUGAAGAAGAGGAAGAUGUGUAUGAAAAAGUAUUUGACGAUGAGUCAGAUGAAAAAGAGGACGAAGAAGUUGCAGAAGAAAAGGGGCUGGAAGAUGUGGUUGAAAAGGACAAAGAAGACGAUGCAGAUGAAAAGGUGUUUGAAGAUUCAGAUGGAACAGAAGAUGAGGAAGAUGAAGACACAGAUGAAAAGGUGUUCGAAGAUGACGAUUCCAACGAGAAGUUAUUUGAUGACGAUGCCAGUGACAAGUUGUUUGAAGAUUCCGAUGAGAGAGGGACUGUGGAUGAUUCAGGGAACGUUAAGGAGGAAGGGUCCCUGUCCACAGGCAGCAGCUUUAUCCUCAGUAGUGAUGAGUACGAUGAAGACGAUGAUGAUGUUUAA